CGUCACCUCCGGUUCCGUCUCCCGGCGCCCCCCGCGCGGAUCCUGACGCUGCUUCCGGCGCGUCCGGGCCGAAACGGAUCGGGGCAGCGGAGCCUCCGGGUCGGGGGGCCCAGCGGGGCCGGGGCGGUGCAGGCCCUGACAAUGUCGGAUGGGAUCAUGAGCAAAGCUGCCACCAUGGAGAUCCCCAUCAGCAGCAACGGGGAUGCAGGCAGCCUGCCUGAGGACGAUGGCCUGGAGCAGGACCUGCAGCAAGUGAUGGUAUCAGGGCCCAACCUCAACGAAACCAGCAUCGUGUCUGGCGGCUACGGGGGCACCGCUGAGGGCAUCAUCCCCACCAGCGCCAUCAAAGCCCCUCCAUUUCCAGGCUGUCUUGUCCAACCUCACUCACCCCGAGGACCAUCCAUCUCCCCCAGUGCAUCUGCCGCCAGCAGGAUGGCCAGCCAGGCCGGUGCUUCAGCAGGCUCUGGGCUUCAUCAGCCUCACCCCGGCCCACCGGUGGGAGGGGAGGAAGUUGUCCGUGGGAUCGCCGUGGAGAAGUUUGACAUUGUCAAGAAGUGGGGCAUCAACACAUACAAGUGCACCAAGCAGCUGCUCUCUGAGAGGUUCGGCCGGGGCUCCCGCACGGUGGACCUGGAGCUGGAGACGCAGAUCGAGCUGCUGCGCGAAACCAAGCGCAAGUACGAAUGCGUGCUGCAGCUGGCGCGGGCUCUCACCAACCACUUCUACAGCCUGGUGCAGACGCAGCACGCCCUGGGGGAUGCCUUUGCGGACCUCAGCCAGAAGUCUCCUGAGCUGCAGGAGGAGUUCGGUUACAAUGCAGAAACACAGAAACUGCUUUGCAAGAAUGGGGAAACGCUGCUGGGAGCUGUUAACUUCUUCGUGUCCAGUAUCAACACGCUGGUAAACAAGACCAUGGAGGACACGCUCAUGACAGUUAAGCAGUACGAGACGGCCAGGCUGGAGUACGACGCGUACCGCACAGACCUGGAGGAGCUGAGCAUGGGCCCCCGGGAUGCCAGCACCCUGUGCCGGCUGGACGCAGCCCAGAGCCAGUUCCAGAGCCACAAGGACAAGUACGAAAAGCUGCGCGCCGACGUGGCCAUCAAGCUCAAGUUCUUGGAGGAGAACAAGAUCAAGGUGAUGCACAAGCAGCUCCUGCUCUUUCACAACGCCAUCUCUGCCUACUUCGCUGGGAACCAGCAGCAGUUGGAGCAGACUCUCAAGCAGUUCAACAUCAAGCUGAAGACCCCUGGUGCUGAGAAGCCCUCCUGGCUGGAGGAGCAGUGAGCCCCCCAGCCUGCCCCACCUCGUGCCCCAGCCGGGGAAGCCAUGGACCGUAACUGGGACCUGUGAGCGCAGGCGCAGGGCCAGCCCUCAGUCACGAGCGGUGAGCUGGGGAUGCACCUCGGCCCUGCUGCAGCAGGGGGCACCAAGGGGGCAGGGACCUGGCUAGGGGCAGGUGGAGCUCUGAGCGGGCCCGUUCCCCUGCCUGGGAGCUCCCCCGGCCCGGCAGAGUCCCCUCCUGCCCAGCCCUGCCCUCCCUCCCGGCGCAGACCCCUCGGUGGGAUGGUGGCUGCCUUCCCAGGACUCCGCAGGGCCAGACGCUUCCCUCCCCAGGCCGGGCUGCUCAGACCCCACCAGGCACCGCUGUGGGACAGGGAUGUGUUACGGCCUCCCACCGUCUCCCCGUGGUGCAGGAGGUCGUGUGGCUCCACGUGUCCCAGCUGCCUUCCCCGCUGCUCUGAGCCGGGCUUUGCGGGGCCGGGCAGGAGGUGGCACCACCCCCCCAGCAAAAAAAUGUUUAUUUUGAAAUGAAGACGAAGCUGCAGAGGGGUGGCGCUGGGACUCCCGGGUCCCCUCCUGGACCCUGAGAGGGGCGGACGGGGUCCCGUCCUGGGGCUGCUGUCUGCUCCGAGCCCCAGGCCCGCCCUGUCCCCUCCGGCUGAGCCCUGGUGCUCCCAGGCAGCUGCUCUUGCACUCCCCCAGCCUGGCCGGUCCCCCUACCCCCACACUACACUCCCCUCAGCGAUGGCCGUCCCCAGGCCUCAGCACCCAGCCCCUGGCCGGGGCUUCGCCAGCUCCCACGGGUGGACGCAGGAGGGUUUGGCCACGGCCCUUGGGCUGAAGGCCGCUUUCUCCGGGGGGCUGCGCUCCCAGCCCACUGGAGGCAGGCGGGCAGCCCCGCUCCCUGAGCCCCACAGGCACCGCGAGGGGGGGCGGGGACUCAAACCAAGGACCAAAGGUGGCCGCAUCCCAGGACGCCGCCGGUCCGUGCGCGGUGCGGCUGCGCCUCUGCCUUGCGGCGCCGGGGCUCUGCCUGCUGUCCCGGGGUGGGGGAGCUCGUCCUGCUCCAGCUGAGUGUUGCUUCUAGCCCUGGCCACGUGCAGCACUUGGGCACUUUCUCCUGAAACGAGACGGUUUGUUUUUCUUGCUAAUUUAAUUCCUGGUAAUUUAAUGUCUGGAUCUGACGCCCUCCUCCCCCUGUUUCCUGGUGAAGGUCUGACCCCCUUCUUCCCUCCCCACUUCUGUAAGACUCCGGAAUAAAACAAUAUGGAUCAGAAUAAAACAGUACAGAUCAGAAUAAAAUAGCGUGGAUCAGAAUAA